UGUGUUUCGACAAAUCACCUGAAGCGGAAACAGAAAGCUUCGGCGGGAAAAAAAGAAGAUGAAGCCAAGCAACAAAGUAUCGAAAGAGAAAGAGUGUUCUGUGAGCUUCUGUAGGAAGAAACUCAUUUGUGGGCUUUAGAUCUCGAGGCCUUCAUCGGUAUUCUUCUCAGAUGAAGAGGAGCUAGUGAAAUGAAGUUCACUAGCUCUUUACUCCUCCAUUGAUCCUCUCUGUCAUAGACGACUACUGCAAAAAUUGAAGCUGAAAUGGAGGGCACCACAAACAAUAGUAUUGAUCGGUAUGCCAAGCUCAUGAAGGGCUCUUGGUUCAGUCAAUUCUAUUAUGGCUCCAACCCUUGGAUGGCCAGAUAUGUCUAUGGCCUAAUGUUUCUCAUUACAAAUUUGCUUGCAUGGGCUGUUCGGGAUUAUGGUCGGAGUGCCUUGACUGAAAUGGAGAGGCUGAAAGGAUGCCACGGCGGCAAAGACUGUUUGGGCACGGAAGGAGUUUUGCGAGUGAGCAUGGGAUGCUUUACAUUCUAUUUCACUAUGUUUCUUUCUACAGCUGGUACAUCUAAAUUAAAUGAAUCUAGAGAAUUGUGGCAUUCUGGAUGGUGGACUGCCAAGGUUCUCUUAAUGAUUGCACUUGUCGCGCUGCCUCUUUUUGUUCCUUCAGCCAUUAUUCAGCUUUACGGGGAAAUUGCACAUUUUGGCGCUGGGGUCUUUCUACUGAUUCAGCUAAUUAGCAUAAUCAGCUUCAUUAGAUGGCUGAAUGAUUGUUGUCAGUCCGACAAACAUGCAGACAGAUGCCACAUCUAUGUAAUGUUAUUAGCAACUGGUGCAUAUGUCGUAUGUAUACUUGGGAUCAUUUUGAUGUACAUUUGGUAUGCUCCAGAGCCAUCAUGUCUUCUCAACAUUUUCUUCAUCUCCUGGACACUAGUACUCCUCCAACUCAUGACCAGUGUCUCCCGCCACCCGAAAGUGAAUGCUGGCUUCUUGACUCCAGGGUUUAUGGGGCUUUAUGUGGUAUUCCUCUGUUGGUCUGCCAUUAGAAGUGAGCCACCAGAAGAAAGAUGCAUCAGGAAGUCGGAAGCUGCAGUCAAGGGAGAUUGGCUUACCAUCAUAAGUUUUAUUGUUGCGAUGGUCGCAAUAGUUAUUGCAACGUUUUCAACAGGCAUUGAUUCCAAAUGCUUUCAGUUCAGGAAGGAUGAAAAACAGGAAGAAGAUGAUCUUCCAUAUGGUUUUGGCUUCUUCCAUUUUGUUUUUGCCACAGGAGCCAUGUACUUCGCAAUGCUUUUGAUUGGUUGGAAUAUGCAUCAUGACAUGAAAAGGUGGACAAUUGAUGUGGGAUGGACCAGUACUUGGGUCAGAAUAGUAAAUGAAUGGCUGGCGUUCUGUGUGUAUGUUUGGAUGGUGGUGGCUCCAAUCAUAUGGAAAAGCAGACAAACAGCUGAACCGGUAUAAGCAGUCCAAAGAAAAAAGAUUUUCUGAGAUUGCCUCACUAAUCUGUUGUGCAUGUGGUAGUCCUCCAUCUCAAGCAUGUGCAAAGCAAAGAGCCUUCAGGAUUUCAGGACUCAUCAACAACUAUAUACCAGUACUGACCAGAUUUGUUGCAUUUCUAAAUGAAAUAAAUGUCGCAUCCUACAGCUCUUCACACUACAUUCUUCUCAUCUCUGUCUAUGUAGACAAUAGUCAUUCAUACCUGUAAAUAUUGUAGUUAAGAAACAUUCAUGGAACUUAAAAAUUUAUCCUUAUAUAUAAAUUAACAGUUAUGAUUUUGAGUAAUGUCUCUCU